AUGGGUGAUGUUUCAACAACAGCCUAUUUAACUAUUCAUAAUAUGUGUUGUUGGAUGAUUGAUCAAUAUGGUUCAAUUAAUCAAAAAGAGAAAUAUUUACCAUCAUUAUGUAGUAUGGAAACAAUGUCAAGUUAUUGUUUAACUGAACCUAAUAGUGGUAGUGAUGCUGGUUCAUUGAGAACUAUUGCACGUACAUUGGAUGGUGGUAAAACUUUUACAUUGAGUGGUGAAAAGGCUUUCAUUUCAGGUGGUGGAAAUUCUGAUGUUUAUUUAAUUAUGGCAAGAGUUAUGGAUAAUGAUAAGGAUUUGGGUAUUACUUGUUUUAUUGUUGAAAAGAAUAGUGAAGGUUUAUCAUUUGGUAAGAAUGAAAUUAAGAUGGGUUGGAAUACUCAACCAACACGUGCUGUUAUUAUGGAUUCAGUUAAAGUUACAUCUGAUAAUAUUUUAGGUAGUGUUGGUGAAGGUUUUAAAAUUGCAAUGCAAGGUCUUGAUGGUGGUAGAAUUAAUAUUGCAACUUGUAGUGUUGGUGGUGCUCAACAAUGUUUAAAUAUGGCAGGUGAAUAUCUUCAUACAAGAAAACAAUUUGGAAAAACACUUUCAAAUUUCCAAUAUUUACAAUUUAAAUUAGCUGAUAUGGCAACUAGAGUUCAUGCUUCAAGAUUAAUGGUUAGAUCUGCUGCAACUCAAUUAGGUAUUGAAAAAUCUUCACAUUCAACUGCUUUUUGUGCAAUGGCUAAACGUUUUGCAACUGAUGAAUGUUUUGAUGUUGUAAAUGAUUCUUUACAAAUGUUUGGUGGAUAUGGUUAUCUUAAUGAAUAUGGUGUUGAAAGAUAUUUGCGUGAUUUACGUGUUCAUUGUAUUUUAGAAGGUACAAAUGAAGUUAUGAGAUUAAUUACUUCACGUUAUUAUUUAAAUUUAUAUAAGGAUGGUGGUGUGAGUAAUAAUUAA